AUGGGAAACUUGGGCAGUUUGGUCCAACCACCGCCAACUCAACACAGCCAGCCCCCGCAUCGCGACAAUGAGCCCUGGAGGCCGAGAGUUGACAAGAUGUCCGCCUUGCACUUGCUUCGUUCCCGUGAAACACCGGUUGGACUCAUGCCUGAGCUGGUCAACGCCACUAUCGGCAACAAGUUGCCAAGCGCGCGUGAGCUCACCAUGCUUCUUGCAUCGUUCGCGAGGCGAGCAUUGUGGCGGUCGGCGGUCGUUCUGCUUUCUCAAGCACGCGAUGUCGUGGAUAUGCCAGCUUUGGGCGCUGCUUUGGCUGCUUGCGAGAGGGGCAGCCAGUGGCACAUUGCCGCGGCUCUGUUGGAGGAUUUCCACUUGCAGCUCCUUGCGCCUGAUGAUGGGGCAGCUGCAUCUGUUCUCUCAGCAUGCGGCAAGGCAGGUCGCUGGCCAGCAGCAUGCCAGCUGUUUGAGACUCUUAUCAGGACCAAAGACAGAGGUCACCGAGAAGAGGCCUGCUGGUGUCCCGAGUGGUCGCGAACUGGAACAUCCGCCGUCACGGCAUACGGCUGCAACCACGAAUGGCGCAAGGCAAUCCAUGUGUUGGAGGACCUCCGCUCUAACGCCCUGCAAGUGAAUGCAGCCCCGUUCAAUGCUGCGAUACGGGCAUUGUCUGCUGAAUCCGGAGCAAGGCGCCGGACCAGGGAGCGAUGGCAGAUGGCAUUGAUUACGGCAGAGGAGCUCAUGCUCUUCGGUCCGGAGCCGGACUCUAUCACGCUGAACACAGCGGUGAGUACCUGUGCAUCCGCAAGCGCCUGGCAAGCAGCAGUUUCCAGCAUCAAAGUCGCGCAGCGCUGGUUGGACGUUAUGCCAGACUCCAUAAGUUUAAAUACUGCGAUGUCUGCAUGCGAGCGUGCGCAGGAGUGGGAGCACAGUCUUGCGUUGUUUUACUGCGAGAUGCCGCGGUUGCGCAUCGAGCCAACGUUGGUGUCGUUCAACGCUGCAAUCAGCACUUGUGCUGCUGCCGGCCUGUGGCAGGCCGCGGUGUCGCUACGGUGUCCUGAGCACUAUCGUUUGGGAGCUCUGCAGAGCCCAGGCGAGAAAGACGUGGUAAUCAACUACGCGCUGAUCCUAGCACAGGCACCUGCUUUUUACAAAUGCGCCGGUGUCUACAGUCUGGUGAUCUUUGUCUUCUACGCAGCUUUCCAGGUGCUUCUAUGCGUGUUGGUUCACUGCUCCGGGGUUUCAGUAGUGUGGUGCGCAAUGCUCGGGUACUGCCUCAGAGUGGUGCUUAGAAAGGACACCCCGGACAAGGAUGUUCAGAUGAUUUGGGCCGUGGCCAUAUCGGCCUUGCUGGACGUGAUUGCGCUCGUCUAUUAUGCCGUGUCCGCUCCGUGGUUGACCACGUUGGCGCACGCGUGUGCCCUCGGUAUGGGUGCUUUGACGUCCUUCCUCCGACCCAGACCAACGUCUGCCCGGGCAUCGGCAUUGCUUUGGCCAGCUUCGUCUGAGCACACCACUGGCCAUCUAGAGCGAGGUUGA